UGGAGCAGUGCUACCUUAACUACAGUCAAACUGCUGCUAUAUCACUGAUUGCACUUUGAUCAAGUUUUCUUGCUAACCACAGACAGCCAGGUAACUGUUGACUGGACCUGACGAUAAAGUAAAUAUUUUAUAAGUUUGUUUUGUGUGACACUGACGCGACAUGGUGAGGAAGCGGGUCGUUAAACCGGAUGAUGAAGACCGAACGGCUGCCAAAGUACAGAAGACGGAGAGGAAACCGUCCAGAAGGUGGUUGAAAAGAGGCCUAUUGGCCCUCUUUGUCAUCUUUAUUUUGGCGCCUUUCUUGCUGACAAAACUUCCAGAAUUAAUCCAACACUUUGUUUACGCUUACAGAAUAAGGGUUCCAUUCUUUGUUGACCUCAGCCAACCUGCAGACUUCUCUCUCAAUCACACCAUCAACAUGUACCUAACAACGGAGAAGGGAAUCUCUUUGGGUGUAUGGCACACAGUCCCUGAAAGUCUGUGGAAAGAGGCACAGGGGAAAGAUUUGGCCUGGUACCAGAACAGUUUAGGUGAUGGACGUCCGGUUUUCAUCUAUCUACAUGGCAACACAGGCACAAGGGCAGCACCUCAUCGGGUGGGAGUGGCGAAAAUUCUGAGUGCACUCGAUUAUCAUGUGCUGGUGCCUGACUACAGAGGGUUUGGAGACUCCACUGGUGAGCCGACUGAAGCUGGUCUGACCAAUGAUGCCAUCUACUUGUACAACUGGGUCAAAGCACGCUGUGGAAAGAGCCUGGUGGUUAUCUGGGGACACUCUCUUGGCACAGGAGUGAGCACUAAUACUGCUGCAAAACUGGCAGGACAAGGUGUGUUUUUUGAUGGUGUAAUCCUGGAAGGGGCAUUUAGCAUAGCUCAGCAGGGUAUGGAGCUACAUCACCCCUUUACCUGGUAUUACUGGAAAUUUCCAGGUAUGGGGCUCUUUUUCCCAGAGCCAUGGGCAGAAAACAAGUUCGUCUUUCCUACUGAGGAAAAUUUGGAAAAAAUGAGAAGCCCAAUCCUGUUGCUUCAUUCAGAGGAUGAUCACAUAGUUCCCAUUCAAGUUGCUCAGAAGCUUCAUGAGAUUGCAGUGAAUGCCCAGAAUGCUGACAGAGUCAAGUUGGUGCAGUUUGAAGGUUCUCUGGGGUACCUACACAACGGCCUAUACCGAGACCACCGUCUGCCUGACAUCAUAAAAACAUUUGUACUCUCCUUAUAAUAUCGGAAAGAUGAAUAACAUGGAGAAGAUUGCCACAAUAAACAGAGCCCUGAUUCAUCGGAUCAUUCACUAUUUUCAUGUGUUGUAUUUAUGGCUCCAUUCUGUUUUCUGCAUGUUUAAUAAUUGUCAUUCACUUUGAAUAUCUGUUUCUAUCUUUUGGCCAUUAUGAAUAUUUUUGUUGAUCACACUUGUUUCAGUGAACAAAUGUUGCAGUAGAUGCCCUCUGCAAGGCUUUUUUUGUGUUGACUAAUCAGUCAAUAAGUCAUAAUUACAAAUGUUGAGGUUUCAACAUUUCAAAAUAAAACAGGAAGAACAUCUUGCGAUUUCCUGUUCUAUCAUCUCAUUUUCUGAAUGUGUGUUCUGAAAAUUCAGUAUUUGUUGAUUCAGCUUUUGACUUCAGUCAUUUUAAAGUCUUACUUCUUUAUUUCAUCCCUGAUUAUGGGGAUGUUUUGUACAUGAAUGCCUCUGCUCAGAGUUCAUAUGUUGGACAGGGUGUCUCAUGGAGCUCUGGGAUUUAUCACAAACUGUGGAUUUCUCACUCACCAUCAUUCUUUAUAUUCUGAAGUCAACUGGACUUCUUUGAGUCCACAUCAUCUUGGACGUUGGUACGUCUUCAUUUAUAAAGCCAUCCUAGGCAAAGUCCCGGACCACCUUUCCUCUCUUUCAAUCUUAAAGGAUCGAUUGCUCAACCUCUGUUCAUUUGACUUUGUACUGUUUGUUUUUCCCAAAGUCUGAAAUGAGUUUAUUUGGUUUUCUGCUCCCUUUGCUUGGAACAAUCUGCAGACUGAAUUUAAACUACAAAACCUUGUGACUCUGAAUGUUUUUAAAUCUUUACUGAAAUCUCUUCAGUCCAAACGUUCUGUAUGCCACUGUUGUAGCUGAUGUUUUGUCAUUACUGCAUUUAUUGUUCAUUUUCUGUUUUAGCUUUAGUGUGUUUGAUUGUUGAAGCCGUGUUGCUGCCGUUCUUGGCCAGGUCUCCCUCUUAAGAGAUCUCUGAUCUAAAUGGGCCUAACCUGGUCAAAUAAAGGUUAAAUAAAACAAAACAGGAGUUUACAUUUUAAUGUGAUGUCAGGUUGAUUACAGUAAAUUUUACUUUUUUUUGUUAAAAUCAGUAACUGACUGUCUUAUAUGCUGUUGCCAAAUGAAACUCCAUAAAAAAGGAGAAUGCCAUCCAUGCCUCAAACCUCAUUUUGUACUACUGUGUAUAAAUGCACAUUUAGAUUCUUUAUUUGAUUAUUGAAAUAUCAUUAAAAAAUAAAUUAUAAAAUUAA